CACAGUCACUUCUGAUCGAGUCUCUCACAGAGUGGAUAACACACAGACGAGCAGGAUCUCCUUAGAACCAGACACGAACCCAAACGGACUCAUCCUGAAUGUGGUCUUCCGUUUUGCUGAAGGAAAAUCUGUCAAACAUGCCGGUGUCAAGGAUGCGAAUGCGGCCGUGGAUCGAGAAGCAGAUCGAGUCAAACUCUGUCUCUGGUCUGAGUUGGGUGGAUAAGGAUAAGACGAUGUUCUCCAUCCCCUGGAAGCACGCAGCUCGCCACGGCUGGGAGAUGGACAAGGACGCAACUCUGUUCAAACAAUGGGCCAUCCACACAGGCAAACACGUGGAAGGCCAGGCCUGCGACCCGAAGACGUGGAAAGCCAACUUCCGCUGUGCGAUGAACUCGCUGCCCGACAUCGAGGAGGUGAAAGACAAGAGCGUCAACAAAGGACACCAAGCUAUGCGCGUCUUCAGGAUGCUGCCCACCAGCCCCAAAUCUAGAGAUAAACGAAGCAAAGGGAAGGAAUCAAAGCCGAGAAGGAAGAACUCAAUGAUCAAGAUGGAGGAAGAAGGAGAAUACAUGGACACCUCCAGCCACGAGCCCAUGCAAGAAGGCGCUUCAUCCACUCAGGAGAACACGGUCGACAGCACUGUGCAAACCGAGCACACAGAUUUCUCAUUUGUGUCUCCGUCUGAAGUCCCUGAGUGGAGUUUGUCGGUGGAAAUUGGCUCCGACUUCAACCAGAGAUUCGAGGUUUCACCCGAUCACAGCCCCGAUUACGACUACUCCGACGACAUUGUCCAGAUUUGUCAGCAACUGGAGAAAGACUCACACUGGGUGAUGGGCGGUUUUGAAGGCACGGGAUUCCUGAGCAAUGAAGCAUGCACCAGUCCAGGCAGCCAGUGGAGUGAAUCGUCCUCAGUCGACGAGCUAGACGAUAUGCCGCAGUACACGGUUUUGGGCUCGGACACCCAGAAUUCCACAGACGACAUUUGGAAGAGCUUUUUCCAUCAGGCGUUCUGAGAGAUCUUCAGGACAGAAGGACAGGAGGGAGCCUUUUUUUGACACUUUUGGACUUUUUUUAAAAGAGCUCCUCCUGUCCACCACGUUCAAGACCCUGUCCUCUCAGUGGAGUCGACCGUUGACCGCGCGUCGCGCCCGUUGUUUGGCGCCCGGUAGUACGCGAUCCGAAGAUCUCCCUCUCGCCAACCCCGCUAAACCUUUUGUGUGAAGUUGUGAAGUGCUCUGCUGCGUUAGAGGAACUCGCACGCUGUUCAUUUUCGAUGUUUUUGGCUGGUUCAAGGCAUUUUUGAUGCUCAGUUUCUUUUGUUGUGAGGGUGGGUUGUAAUAGCACAGGAGUUGUUUUUCGCUCAGGCAGGACAUACACAGGAUCAUACGCAUGAUUACAUCCGAGGUAGACAGUACUUACCUCAAAACGCAGAUAGGCUACAUAAUCAGCACGCUAAACAUUUGACAGCUACUCAACAUUUAAAGUACAGCAAUAGACAUAAUAUCAUUUUUUUUCUCCGUUUUAGAAAAACUUCUUAACUUCUGGUAAAAAGCUCUACUUCAACAAUCUUACAGUUCUUUGCUUAAAGCAGUUGUAGCAAAUUUAUGUAAAUAGUUGUUUAUGUGUGUGUGUUUUUGUAAAAUAAAUGUGAAUGAAUAUGACUCUUUGUUACGAGUUUUUAAAUGCUCCGGUGAAGUAAAAUAAAUUUCUCUG